CUAUCGUCGAACGUAAUUAAAGUAUAUUAUCACACAUAUUAUUAAGUAGCUAUCGAGGAUUUUUAGUUCCCGUGUUUGUAUACAGUCAAAGGUUUUCCUUGAUCUUCGCAACCUUAGUCCAGUCGUUUCGAGCAGUAACAAUGGGUCUGACGCUUUUUGCUUCUCAACCUAAAGACACUGACACGAUCAUCACGUUUUCUCGGCGAUGUUUCAUUCAUCAGUCAAAUGAAUCAUCCCCUGACACGUUACGAAAGGUGAUCAAUCUUAGACUUUGCGCUGCUCCUGUGUUCUACGCCGAUCGUUGGGAUAUUAUUCUGAUACAUCACGCGAGCCCAUCGAGCCUCGGUGAUUCACAUUCCGCGAUAGUUGCUGAUCACCCACGUUCGGCACUCGGCAUUCUUCUCGCCGAGUUUCCCCGUUGAACGAGGAAAAUUACGACGAAUCGAGCACUCACGGUUCGGCUGGCAGUUUUCGGUGUGGCGGCCACCGUUUUAUUUAUAGCGGAGGAGGUCGUGAUGCGUUCCAAAAGCCUCUCGUCGCACCAGUAACGCACGCACUGGCAUACCGAGCCCGUCUCGAACCAGUUUCCACCGAUCAUCUUCUUGUUCGUGGUGCUUAGACAUCUAAACGCGACAUCAGCUUCGCGUGACGAUCGUCGAUCGAUCCUCGACCGACCUCCGAACGAUCCCUUCGACGACUCGGAUCGUCUCGUUCUCAGUGCGCACGUGUUAUCGUCGCGUUACGAUUCGGGACCAAGUGUUGAGAAGUGGUUAAAAACUUGACGCUACGCGGUGUUGCUUUUGGAAAUUAUCGCACGACGCGUAGGAAAACGAUUCGCGAAACGUGGAGGUAGAUCGCAGAGCUUGGGAUGCAUCGAGGCGGAGAAGUCUUUCUCACCCACCCAAGAACAUCAUCCAACCGUGACACGACGAUUUUUAUGAAAUUUUUCGGAUAGAUGUGUAUUGUAUUUGACUGCCACUGAAAUUCGAGGCAGGACUUAUCUUGAAAUAUAAGUCGUUAACGUCUAUAGCGAGUCGAAGAAAUCUGGCUCGAUGCAUCGCCCAUGAUUUGCCGAGAAAUAAGAGUUGCAGAGUGUGAUUUAAAGUGAGAACGAACUGACAGUCUGCCCCCGUGAUAAAUGCGGUUUCGAACCUGGACUCGACGUACCUCGUGCCGGAAGUCGAUGGACUCGCGAAGCUGACGAUUGCUGAUCCACGUAGGCGAUCGAGUGAACGGAGUUUAUUCGGUCGAUUGUUCCCUCGUCGCUAGUUUUGGCGCGUUAAGACGCGAUUCGCUCGGGUUCCGCGUCCUCUUUCCGAGAGCUUGCAAACUGUCACGUCCAGGGAUAAUGGCGCAUCUUCGACGGCCGGCCAGGCGGGAGCAUUACAAGCCAUUCGGCAGGAGGAAGGGCUCGGCAGACUCGAACUACUCGCAGCCGAGCUCAGAUCUCUCGCUGGACGAGGAGAAAGAGAGCUUACGUCGCGAGAAGGAGAGGCAGGCCCUCAAUCAACUUGAAAAAGCCAGGACGAAACCGGUAGCGUUCGCAGUGCGGACUAACGUGAGUUACGAUGGAUCCGUCGACGACGAUUCGCCAGUUCAUGGCUCGGCGGUCAGCUUCGAGGUCCGCGACUUUCUGCACAUCAAGGAGAAGUACGACAACAACUGGUGGAUAGGUAGGCUGGUGAAAGAGAACUCGGACGUUGGCUUCAUCCCAUCCCCGGAGAAGUUGGAAGCCCUGAGGCAGCAGGCGAGCGCUGCACGUGGCACAAAGGGUCUCUAUUCGGCGCGCGGAGGGUCUUCAGGGAACCUUGGCGAGAGUGGUAUGCCCUCACGUGGUUCCACACCACCUACACCAGGUGACGACAGCGACAGCGUCGGGAAUGUGCGUGGCGGCAAAGCGACCUUGACGACACCACCAGCCAAGGAUAAACGGAAGAACUUCUUCAAGAAGCCGGAAACGACAACACCGUAUGACGUCGUGCCAUCCAUGAGGCCUGUCGUCUUGGUGGGUCCAUCGCUGAAGGGUUACCAGGUCACAGAUAUGAUGCAGAAGGCGUUGUUCGAUUUCUUAAAGCAUCGAUUCGCGGGCAGAAUAAUCAUCACCAGGGUAAUGGCAGACAUUUCGUUGGCGAAGACAUCUGUGUUGAACAAUCCAACGAAAAGAGCCCUCAUGGAACGAUCGACCAGCAGGAGCAGCUCUCUGGCGGAGGUUCAGGCGGAGAUCGAAAGGAUUUUCGAGCUUGCCAGGACUCUGCAGUUGGUGGUGCUCGACUGCGACACUAUAAAUCAUCCGUCGCAGCUAGCGAAAACCAGCCUAGCGCCCACGAUCGUCUACCUGAAGAUCUCGUCGCCGAAAGUGCUCCAAAGGUUGAUCAAAACGCGGGGAAAGUCGCAGAUCAAACACCUGAACGUACAAAUGGUGGCAGCUGAGAAACUGGCGCAGUGUCCGCCGGAAAUGUUCGAUGUGAUCCUGGACGAAAAUCAACUGGAGGAGGCUUGCGAGCACGUCGCCGAGUACCUGGAAGCUUAUUGGAGGGCCACGCAUCCUCCGGUGAUCGCUACGGUGCCACGUCCCAUUCCUGCGCCUGACGCACCUGUGGACGCGUUGACGCCGCGCGUCACAUCAGGUGCCCAUCAUGAGAGUUACUACGGCCACGAGCCAAGAGGAUCGGGCUCGUACAGCGGUGGCCACGUGAGCGAGGGAACGAGAAGAUCGAGACUCGAGCGGAUGGAUCGUGAUCGAGGCGAUCGCGGUGAACACGACUACGGCACCGAGGAGGAAUCGUACGUCGGUGGCGUCGAUUAUGGCAACGCAUCGAGGCGUCGCCAGCAGCAAGACCCGCGUGCAUUGAACGCCAUUUAGGAGCUGGGGCCCCGGGGCCUGUCGUUACAGCGCUGUCCCCACCUGCGCACCACUGCUCUUUAGUGGGGUCGCCUCCUGGUACGCUACUGAACGUACGAAGUGCUUAUGCUACCUUAGCGAGAUGUCGCUCUGGUCUCUGGUCUGUUAGUGGGGUUUCUUUCCUGUCGCUACCCGUAAGAAGAUUGAAUGGAUCACAUUACACUACCCCUGCGCAAGCUGUUACGCUAGAUAUCGCAAACACGAUAGCGAAUACGCUACCGAAGAUCCAGACAAUUUUGGUUCAUUCAUUUUCAUGGUAGGUAGCGAAUGCGCUACCGUACGCCAUCAGAAGUUCUAUAGAAUCUUGCUUUCUUUUUUCAACAUUUUAUCGUCAGUAGCGAUUACGCUGCUGUACGUUUCCAGAAAUUUUACAGAAUUUUGUUUCUUUUUGUCGUUAGUACCGAAUACGCUAGCGUUAAGCUACCUACAAUUCGACAAAAAUUUGGUUCUUUCUCUUCUUUUCGUGAUUGGUAGCGAAUACGCUACCGCACAGCCCUAACGAAGGUUGUACGGAAUUUCUAGUUUUUUUUUUGUCUUAGCAACGAAUAAUGCCAGCGUACGCUAUCAACAUUUUCACAAAGUUUAAAUUCUUGUCCUACGAUAGGUUACGGUAGCGUACUCGAUAUCGAUAUCGAUUUGUUUGAUCUGUCGAAUGGCAGCGAAUACGCUAUCGUACGCUAUCGAAGAUUUUACAGAAUUUUCUUUCAUUUUCUUUUUGUCGCAGGUGUUGGGUCGUGUGCAGUUGUUAUCGUAAACUGUGCUGCAUUUUACGCCAGUGGUUUCGAUAGUCAUUGAAAGCGUGCACGCUAAUCUGUUUGAUGUAAAGUUUCCGAAUGUAGUUUCAUAGUUGGGAUAGCCGUUUGUUAUUCGAAGUUUACGAACGGUCCUUCGGUAGGAUUCGUCGAAUCUGAUUUGUUUAUUUGUUACGAGAUAUUUUUGGAAAAAUGUGAAAUAAAAGUAAUCCUUUUUCUUUGUAUUCUUGGCUGUGUUGAAAUUCGCAAAGACCGUGGUCAAGUUAAUAAUAACGAUUUUCGCAUUUUUCUUCUCGUAAAUUUUAUUAUUUGUUUGUACAUUACGAAGCCAGUAGUAACAAAGAUGGAUAGACACUACUCGUAACAUAAUCGCGUCCUGCACGUGCGUGCACGCUAAGUACGCUACCCAUCAGACAUUAUUCAGUACGUAUUUAAUUUUCGAUUACGAUGUACGAGCUUUAAGGAAAGUAAGAGUAGCAAAUUAGUGAUUCCCUUUAAAUAGCGUCGAUAUUUUUCCAAAGUAACGAGAAUCAUCGUACCACCUAACGAUUCGUAGAUCUAUUCUAUUUUCGUAUCGUUUGGAUUAGAUCCAGUUCGUUUAGUGCGAUCGUUUUGAAUACUCGAGAUAGUAACGUAGAAUCCUUAACUUAGCAACGUUAUCGUAAUUCCAGUAAUGGCUUCCUGUCCGAUUCGUUUACAGAGUUUAAAGUAUCGAGUAUUGUCGUAACCAGAGAAACGGUAGCCACCGAGACUUUCACGAAAAUUUUUUCCAACAGGAAUUUCGCAAACGAUGGGCGGUUUGAAAAUCUGUCGUUGAAUGUCCUUGCGAAGCGGUACGCACAGGAUAAACCCCCAUUCGCGGAACCAGCUGAACGAGAUGAAUAGACACGAGAUAAUCACGUGAGAAACAAACAAAAGAAACACACUUUCGAAGGAGAGAGAGUGAAUGAGGGAGAAUUUGAGAGAGAAAAAGAGCCCUGGGGCCUUAAUUUUUGCGCUGACUCCUCCCGGGCCCCAAAUACCCACCCCCACGAGAAGCGUAAGAACCGUGUUAAUAUCUACUCCGGCGGGAGAAACUCGUGAAUUGGCAUCUGUCUUUCAGAUACGGGAUCCUUUCUCGAAAUCAGGAUAGAUCAGGCUUGUUCGAUUCGUUGCCCGUCGGAGCACUUCUCUAGCAGCAGGAGCAGAGUCUUUGGGAAGGCACCGAGGGCAACAGUGCUCCACCAAUGGCCACGAAGUGGUGAGAACACCCUCGACCAUUCUCUUGGCUCUGCUCGCAAGCACUCUUGCUCGCUAUUGCUCGGUCGAACAGGUCUGGGAUAUACCGUCGUUCCACGCUGAGAAAAAAACGAUGCAUCGAGAGCAACCGAAGAAAAAUAAUAAUAAUAAUAAUAAUAAUAACGAAACUUUGACUCGAACUCGCGUAGAAUUCUUUUCAUUCGGCCGUGAGAAUCAGCGAUAGUUUUCUUUUGCUUCGACUUAGAGAACAAGAAAGAACGAAAAAGUGAGGAGAAAGUCGCCUCUAGUCGAUAUCUUAGAGAAUCGAUCGCAUGAUAAAUUCUAGAGAAAUUUCGUAGAUAAAAUGCUGUGUCGCGGCGAGUUAUCGCGCGACCCCGUCGGAUUCCCGCAAAUUGUAAGGAAAACAAAAACUGAACGAAACGUGCGUGGCGAUGGGUUGGGAUCAUAAUUAAUUAAUUACCGCGGAUGAAUAUUUGAAAGUUUUUUCGAAUCGCAGACGAGGCGCCUGUGACGAUCACCGCGCGAGUCUGACGUGUUUAUACAUUUUAUUAGAGUCUAUUCGAGGAAAUUGGUACACGUACACACGGAGCCACCGAGCAGACGAAUAAACACACACUUACACAAUCACGGAAACAUGUUGAAUACUUUGUGUAUAUAGUAUACAUACAUAAUAAUAUACAAUAUAUAUUGUAUACGUACAUAACGCAGUGAUACUUCCACCUCUAUCACUCGACGAAACUAACUCCAAUCGAGGUAAAAAGACAAAUGAAAAAUAUUUAACAAAAAGAUACUACUAUAGAUGAUGGAUCAAUAGGUACUGUGUAAAUAUUGUAAGAAGCCUUUCGAAACGAGUAAUUUCCGUUUUUCGAUUGUCCCGAGCGCAGCGUCGCCAGGCUGCAGCGAGGAUCACGUUUAAUCCACUAAGAAUAUUUGUAAGACCGAUGUCUCCUCCUGGUUUUUAUUACAUUGAACACUUUGCGUCCUCGAUCGAUGUGGAUGCUUCUAAUGCACCGCGGAACAUGCUACGACAGUGAAAUAUUUAUCAAAUUAAUACAGAUGGACAGGAUUGCCAUUUUUUCGAUGUUCAACGGCAGGCUCUAAUUUUUCUUCUGUUCUUAUGUUAUUUUAAUGAAGCUCUCAACAACUCCCAUUUUUAAAGAUUACGUCUAUGUUCACAAUUCAAUUACAGUAAAAAGUGAAAAAAUUAUAUAGUAAACAAAAGACAUACACGCACAUAUUACACACAUAAAGUAUAAAUGAAGUUUCGUAUUAUUCUAAACAUUUCUGGAUUCCUUUGGGUUUGAUAAAAUAAUGAAAAGUUCUUUCGGAUUGGAAAUUAAAAUUGUAGUCAAUCUCGAAACACGAGAAGGUGGCAACCCUGUUGGGAACUCCAGUCGUGGCAGCCGAUUAAACACGCAGAUCGAAUUCUGAUCGCUCGCGUGAAUUGAUUUUUAGAAACGCAAGCACGCACGCAUCGUCGUUGUUUCUUAAGUAGAACGAAUUAAUCACGGGCACGCCAUUUGUCGCGAUAUAGGGUUGGCUCACUGUGCAAAGCCGACGUAGUUCAAAGACAGAGAAAAAAAGAGGGUAUGGAAAUGGAUCUUGAUUAAUUUAGAUGAUGGCGAGGUCGCUUACGCACCAUUAAAGUAGAACGAUACGAACGAAGUCUUUCUUUCUCCGCGAUUGCUGCAUAACUUUCGGCAUAAUUUUCUAUCGUUUAGAGCAAUUUUGAAAUUGCUGGCACUGGUUUUUUCUCGACCGAACAGAAAAAUCUUGGUCUUCGAUUCUUCCCUCGAAUUUUCAGCGUGAAAUUGAACGGUUUCGCUUCGUUCUAGUCGUCGUUCGACGUUGUUUACUUCGUUCUAUAAAUUUCUUCGCAAAUACUGAAAGGUAACUUUUUUCAGAAAUGGGCAAAACUUAUCUUACAAUUAGAGUCGAAGACGAUUCGAUUCACGCUCGACUCGUAUUAUUUGUUCGUUAGUUUGUGAUUAGAUAGGUAUACUCGUAGGGUGCUCAUAUAUUUUGUCACCUUAACCCUAGGAGGACUUCUGGGGUCUUGACUAACCCCAAACAAUACUACUUUAAAAUAACGUAAUAGAGAAACAAAUUUGAAAUUAAUUUUAUAUUCUUUCAAAAUUUUGCCUCCGCUCAUCAGCUCAAUUAUUCAUGCAUAUUGUAAUUCCUCUAUACAUUCAUUUACCAUAGCAUAUACACUAAUGUCUUUCGCAAAUAACAGUAUUUUCCUUCCACAAAUAUUACAGAUUCACUCAACUUAAACUUUAUAAAGUCAAAGUUCUAGGGUUAAAAUGACAUAGGGAACAUUUUAUUCCGUUUAGGCAAUAUUCCAAUUUCUUUAUACUUUUGUUCAUGGCAAUCGAAUGUUUCAAAAAUAGCAUUAUUCUUUUCAUGAUAAAUACUAGAAAUUCGUUUGACUAAAGUCUGAAAAAGUCGAGGCUUCAGAGGGGUCCCAGAUGACCCCAGAAGUCAAACUCGACCAAGUGGUCAUCCUGGGGUCAAAGGUUAGGGAAAUGUUAGUUCGAUGAUAGGUUCUCGACGCAUUUCGAAUUUUUCGCGCGCAAAAGCUUGGAACGAGUUUUCUUAGCGCGGCGUGCCGCUGCCGACGUCGAAGGUUUCGCUCGUAUCUUUUAGGAGAGAUUUUUGUAACAUAAAGAAAAUGAAAAGGACGAGGAAGGUAACGACGGAGGAUUGUGUCGUUCCGUGAUCAUUGAUCGUCACGAAUAGGAACGAGAUUUGGCGAUUCCUCGCGAUCGAGCAUCGCGAGGGACGACUUUAAUCGGACGCGAGGACGUCCGUGGCAGCAGUUCGCUGACUGUAAAAUCCUUUUCGCAGCCAACGUUUGUAAAUACUAGGUAAAAAUAUACUUGCAAACACGAUCACUGGUGAAGUCCACUUAAAGAUACUCACGCUUCCACUUCUUGUAUGAGCGAGUUUUCAAGUUUGCAAGUUCUCGGCGUUCGUUUGUCACGCCCGGAAGGUUCGAGUGCGAUUGGAAGAGAGUGUGCCGCCGAUUGCUACAGUUUCUUUCGAUCUUUGAUUAUUCUUGUCGGGUCGAGUGUACCCGCGCGAAGGAAACGACAUGGUCGCCAGAGAGGGGCAACAUUUUUACUCAUCGUUAUAUACAAAUUUUGAAUAACGAAUAAAAGACCAAAUGGAUAAAGUUUAUGAAUAAAAUAUAAGUGAAAUUAAUCGAAUCAACUAAUGUUAUAUGCAGUUGUUUAAUACGUUGAACGCUGACCCGAAUUUGCCAUAUACUUUCCGUUUAGACGGCGUAGAGUUCUCAACGGAUGCUUAGCUUUACAACAUGUUCUGCUACAUAAAGAGUAAACAGAAGAUAACAUGCUGAACGCGUUAUCAGUAUGUAUCGGUGAAAGGGGAAAGCACAAAAAAUUCGAAAACACUACUAUGAAUGUUAUAAUCAGAUACAAAAACAUUUAGGAAGUAAAGAUACAACAAAAACUAGGAAAGUCCUGACUUGUUGUAACACAUGUGCAAGUAAACCUCAUUUCCGUUUAGAAUAUUUCAAUAAAUUGUAUCAAAGAAGCGUGUAAACAUAUCUUUUUAUAUUGUAUGAAUUAUUUAUUUUUUAAAUUUGAUACCGACGCCUCCUAAACGGAAAGUUCAGCGUCGAUCCCCAGGGAUCGCCGUGAUUUAACGUGUUAACUUUUCUUACAAAUUAUUAAGGUUAAUCGAUGGUCCGCAGUGUUGCUGAACAGAUUUAAUAAAGUUAAACAAUUUUCUUGUA